UAAACAAAAAAAAGGUGUAGAAUGGAGAGCGAGGGUUUUGCGGAGUUGGAAGGAAGAUUGGAAUACCAAACCCUCGUUCGCCGACUCUCUUACAAACUAACAACAGCUGCCGCUGCUGCUACACCAAAGAAGAAGAAGAAGAAGAAGAAGAAGAAGAAGAAAAGGCCCUUUCUCUCUUUUAGCUGUAUAUAUAAAGAUCUAUAUCUGCUUUCGUCUCUUGGUUAAAGGGAAAAGAAGAAAACGAGAAGAGCAGAAAACGCAGGCAGAGGCAAAGGCAGAGUUAUAUUACAAACAACUAAAACGAGCAUGGGACUGGAAUUGCCAAAAAACCCAGAUAUGGACCAAGACAACGUCGUCAAUUUCACUGAUUCAGAAAUAGUUUCUCAUGUCAAGGAUGCUCUCACCUCUCUCCUAUCCGGUGAUAGCAACAGUUACAACCAGCUUGUUGGGGUCAUGCACCAUUCCAAACAACUUGCCCCUGAUGAGGUCGCCUUACUUGAGACUACUUUGAAGGCACUAGCUGGGGCAGUAUCUUGUAUAGAUAUUACUCUUCAUGACUCCCUUCUUUCUGCUAUUUUUAGUAUGAGCUUGUGGAACUAUGGCCCUCAUGUCGCUGAUGCACUAGUUGAACUCAUUGUAUCCCUUGCUAUUUCAAAUGGAAAAUAUCUUGAUUUAUGUCUGGGCAUGCUUGUCAGCAAUUUUACUCCACCGCCUUAUUUCUUAGAUAAACUAAAACUACCACGCGGUCUUGAGAGGAAGGGCCAAGUUCUUUCUCGGGUGCAUGCUGCUUUUAAAAAGAUUGCUGAUUAUGUUCCUCUUGCCCCCUUGAGAUUAUUGACAAUGGUACAACAAGGAAUGCCAACAGUUUAUCAUAAAGACCGAGCAAUUCUGAUUUAUGUGGAGAACAUGUUAACAUUGGAGAGUGGUGAAAUUGGAGAACUUGUUGGAAGCACAAUGCUUAUGGCUGUGGUGGACCGGCUGAUAGAACUAGAUUUGGAGAUUGGAUGGGAUGCCAUUUUACAAGAUGACUUUAGUAAAGGCAUAUUUGAGAUGGAGCUAGAAGAUUUGGAGGACAUUGUGGAUAGUGCUGAGCCAGACAUUGGAGAGUUUCGACUAAGUCGUAAAAGUCUGGCUGGAAACAGCAUUGCUGAAUUGUUAGAUAACCUACUGGUUUUAACCUUUGAACAUCUUGAAUCUUGCGAAAGGGCUGGCCGUUUGGCUAAGGUAUUUGAAACUCUUCUCCGGUCAUUUCUGUUGACAGUUAUGACUGCCUACAAGUCAAAAUUUACUCAGUUUGUGGUUUUCUAUGCUUGUUCAUUGGAUCCUGAAAACUGUGGUAUGAGAUUUGCCAUAAUGCUGGCAGAUUUAUUUGUUCAAGACUCACACCCACAAUCAACUAGGAUGAGUUCUGUGGCUUAUCUUGCUAGCUAUUUAUCUCGAGCAAAGUUUCUGUCAGCCUCUUUUAUUUCUAGCAUGCUAAAAAGGUUGGUUGAUUGGUGCUUGGAAUACUGCAACACCCAUGAUGUUGAUAUAAAUCCAAAUGCACAUCGAGUUUUCUAUUCUGGAUGCCAGGCCAUUAUGUAUGUUCUCUGCUUUCGUAUGAAAGUUUUUAUGGAUGUUCCGCGCUUGAAGUCACAGCUUCUCAUGCCACUGGAACAAAUCUUAAAGCAUAAAUUGAAUCCUUUAAAGGUAUGCCUUCCAUCUGUAGUGGAGGAGUUUCUGCGACAGGCAAAAGCUGCUUCUCUCUUUACUGUGUCCAAAACAUUCAUUUUUGAUGGCCUGCUAGAGUCAGAACUUUCAAGGGCAUUUGGUGGCCUGGAAAGGCUUGAUACAUUCUUUCCUUUUGACCCAUGUUUGCUGAAAAGAUGUGACAGUUUCAUCCGUCCAAUGUUUGUCUUCUGGUCGAUGGUAAAACCAACAUAUGAAGAUGCUUAUGAUGAUGAAAAUGAUGAUGGCAGCAGUGAUGAUGAUUCGAUUCAGGAUUUUGCAAAUGAAAAUGAGGAUAUUAUGAAUGAUGUUGGCAAGAGCUUUGAUGAGCAACAACUUGAUCUUGAUGAAUUUGAUUGUGCAUUGAAGAAAAUGUCAAUCACGCCGAAGAAUAGCUUUGGUUACAAGUUUGGUGGUCGAUUUCAAGAACCAACAAGAAUGCCUUCGAGAAUUAGGCCCUCUACAAGUCCAGAGUCAUUAUGAUUGUCAGAUGAUGUUAUGUAUGUACCAUGUAUGUGCUAGUAUUGAUUACGUAGCUGCUAAGAUUUACAGAAGUUAAAAUUUCUUUUCAGAUUUCAGUAUUUUUGUUCUUUUUUAUCUUAUUACUUUUCUUUUGUGGCAUUCAAUCUACUGAGUGUGUAACAACAACCUUACCGAUGAAGGUAUGGCUCUUUUGCCGCUAUCUACGUGGGUGGGAGAGCUUGCUAGUUAA